AUGAUCUCUGAACCUUCUCCAGUCCAGCCAUCCAAUGCUCCCAUGACUGCCUCCAAACUUUCGCCGCUCAGGAUCUUAUGCCUGGGCGACUCUCUUACAGAAGGGUAUUCGCAAUUUGGAACUAAAUUCUCCCCGUAUAGCAAAUGGAUGAAAGAAGUUUUGGUGGCAAAAUGGCCUGAUAGAGCAAUUGAGGUUAUCACAGAUGGAGUCAGCGGAGAUCUAGUUACUCCGCCCGGAGGAUUUAAAAGAAGAAUGGAGAGGCAUUUCCCAUCUAACCCCCCAGUAACUCACACAAUUCUUCUCGGUGGUACCAACGAUUUAGCAUACAACAGACCCGUCCAAACCCUCUACGCUGUUUUCGAGACACUCGUAUUUACACCCCUUAGCAACUCUUCAAAAGUUUUGAUUAUGACGGUUCCUGAAUGUCAUGUGAGGUCUAAGGUUUUAGACGAGAAGAGAGAGGAGUUAAACGAUAUGUUGGUUUAUAGUUUGGGGAGAAAGGAUAACGUUAGCACAUUUGAUCUCCGCGGUGCGAUGCCCUACCACAACAUGGAAUUGGAGAAACGAGAACGUCUCUGGGACGACGGGUUACAUUUCACAGAGGAAGGAUAUAAGGAGAUUGGAAUUAUGGUAGGAGAGAAAAUGAUUCAGGUUAUUGAGGAGGUAAAACCUGAGAAGGAGAUUUCAUUGUCUGGGAGAGGGACCAUGGGGAUCGAGUAG